UUGAAGAAGAUGUUGAAGAAAGGAACCCUUCACCAUUUUUCUGUUCCCGCUUCGGUUGUUCUUUCAUCUGGAGGAAAGACAGGAAAAAGUAAGAGAUCUCGUAAGCAGCUGGCCUUGCGAGCACCACGACCGAGCAACAUUGUCCUCAAGGAACAACAAACGCCACGAUUCCCCGCACAGCAAAUAAAUCCCGAGCUUGUUGAGCGCCUAUGGAGAAUGGCAGGCAUACCAUUCGAAUAUGCUUCCGGUGCAGAUUUCGUGAAGAUCGUGAGAGGCUUAGGCAAUCUUGAACGGGCUAAUCGGGUGGGCAGGUUGCGCGAAGCUGCGAACCGUGUUAGAAAUAAGCCUAUCAUGUUGGAACUACACGGUACAACAAGU